AAAAAAUGGUUUCUCGCGCCGACCACAAAUUUCCAGGCGUCAUUCGACCACAUCUCGCUAUGUUUCUCUUGAACCUCCACGGUUAGACAUAUGUAAUGGCGCCCAAGAACAAGGGCGGAAAGAAAGGGAAGAAGGGCAAGGAUGAUGAUGAUGAUGAGUAUUGGGAGAAGAAGGCCGCGGAGGUCGAGCAGAAGAACGCAGAGAUAGCUAAAGAGGUCGAGGAAGCGCCCCUGGGUGGCGGUAGCGCCUUUGAUGCUUUGGACGAGGACGAUGAGGAGGAGGGAGGUCUGAUGGUGAGUCGAUGAAACGGAUAUGUACCUUACUUCGGCCCAGAGCAUGAUCAACAAGGCCUCCAAAUCAAAGCCCAAAAAAGCCAAAAAGAAGAAGGGCCGAGCGGAUUCAGACCUGGAAGAAGAUCUCGACGGUGAUGUCGGGCCUGUGACAGAACCGGUUGACACCAGAGUGGACCCAGACGAUGAGUGGCCAGAGGAGGACGUCAAGCCGAAGAAGGGCAAAAAGGGCAAGAAGGGCGGUGCUAAGAAGCAGGUUGACGAAGACGAAGUGGAGGAGGCGACACCAACGACACUCGCCCCAGACACAGCUGUGAACAUGGACGACGAGUGGCCAGAGGAGGAUGCCAGGCAGAAGAAGGGUAAGAAGGGCAAGAAAGGAAAGAAGCAAGACGAUGAAGAUGAUGUGGAGCCCACCGAGGCAGCGGCCCCCACUCCUGCUCCUGCCACCGAGGUCAACAUGGAUGACGAAUGGCCAGAGGAGGACGUCAAAAAGUCGAAAAAGGAGGCUUCAGCUCCAGCGUCGGCGCCAGAAGCCGAGGCUGAUGCUGGCGGAUCUCAAGACGAAAGAGAUGAUGGCCCAAAGAUCUUGACAAAGAAGGAAAAGGAGAAGCUUAAGAAGGAGCGUGAAAAGGCGAAGAAGAAGGCUCAGGCAGCUGGAAAGAAAGCUGCAGGAAACACAUCUACUUCUCAGCCUCAAGCGACGACAGAGGCUGCUCCACCUGUCUCCUCUGGGGCCGCCUUACCGAAGGGCAAAAAAGUUCCGGCGCAUAUUGCCGCUAUGCGUGCUGCGAUGCACGAGAAGGCUCGUAUCGAGGAAGAGAUCCGAAAGGCAGAAGAGGAGCGUUUGCGGAAGAUUGAAGAGGAAGAAGCUCGACAAGCUGCAGAAGAGCAACGUAUAGCGGAUCAGAAAGCUGCCAAGAAGCAGAAGGAAAAGGAGAAGCAGGCCAAACUCAAGGCGGAGGGCAAGCUCCUGACACCGGCUCAGAAGCGGGAACGAGAAAUUGCCGAGCAGAAGAAGCAGGCUAUGCUGGCAAGUGGAAUGAUCGUUGCUGGUCUGCAAGGUGGCGCCUCAACGGAGCGCAAAAAGCCAGUCUACGGCAAGAAGAAGGGCAAGGGACCAGUGAAGCCUGCGGCGACAAAGGAGGAGCCCGAAACACCUCAGCCAGCAGCUCCGGCUUCUUCUGCUGCUGCUGCUGCUCCGGAGGAGGACGAUGAGGAGGAUGAUUGGGCUCAAGAGGAGAAGGACACGGCAGAGGUGGACGACCUCGUUAACGGAGUCGGAAAGGUCAAGAUUGACGAUGUGGAUGACUGGGAUCAGUCUGAGGAUGAAGUCAAGCCGGAGCCAAAAGUAGCUGCUCCUACCAAAACUGCCCCGAGCUCGACACCGGUGCUCACAAAUGGCACGGACAAGGCACCGGCGAAAGCUCCCGCCAAGCCUGCCAACGGAAAAGCACCAGCAGCUGAUGAAUCAUCCUCUGAGGAGGAGUCGGACGACGAUGACAGCAGUGAGGAGGAUUCUGAGGAUGAAUUCGAGAAUCGCAAAGAGGAGGCGUUGGCUCGGAUCAUGGAGCGCAGGAGGACAUACAUCGAAGGCGAAAUGCGUGAUCCGAUCUCUGUCAUGUUGGGGCACGUCGAUCACGGAAAGACGCUCCUGCUAGACUCUAUUCGAAAGAGUUCAGUCGCCGCCGGGGAAGCUGGCGGAAUCACACAACAGAUCGGAUCGACUUAUGUUCCUCGAGAUGCUCUCAUCGAAAAGACGGCUCGGGUCAACAAGGAUAACGAGCUCGACAUCAAGACGGGUCUUUUAAUCCUGGACACUCCUGGGCACGCCAGUUUCAGUAAUUUGAGGUCCCGUGGAUCUAGGAUGACUGAUAUCUCGAUUCUGGUCGUGGACAUUACGCAAGGGUUUGAACCUACCACUCUCGAGGCCCUGAACCUGUUAAAGAAGGAGAGGAUCCCCUUCAUCGUUGCUGUCAACAAGGUGGACCGACUGUAUGGAUGGAAGGCAAUUCCUGGCGCUGGAUUUAUGGAAACCUUUGAGACACAGGCAAAGAAUACCAAACAAGAGUUCCAGGACCGUGUACAAAGGAUCAAACUGGCAUUUUCCGAGCAGGGACUCAACUCGGAGCUCUUCUAUCAGAAUACGUCCAUGGCUCGAAAUGUGUCUCUUGUGCCCGUGUCUGCCAUGACGGGAGAGGGUCUGCCGGACUUGCUUUACAUUCUGUCCAAGCUAGCGCAGGAACGACUGGCGGACAAGCUGAGGUUCUCAGAGGAGCUCACCGCGACGGUCUUAGAAAAGAAGGUUGUGGAAGGUCUUGGAGUCACACUGGACGUCAUCAUCUCCAAUGGAACACUGCGCGAAAACGACCGAAUUGUCCUGUGCGGUACCGAUGGACCUAUCGCGACGAAUGUCCGGGCUAUUUUGAGUCCACAACCGCUCAAGGAGAUCCGGCUGAAGAACCAAUGGAUACACUUGAAGGAGGCACGUGCAUCUCUCGGUGUCAAAGUUGUCGCUGUCGACCUGGAACAAGCUAUCGGUGGAGCCAAGCUCUACGCCAUCAGAGGCAAAGAGGAUGUCGAGGCGGAAGAAGCUGUUUACAAAGAGAUGGCUUUGUCGGAUCUGUCAGAUCUCAGGCGAUAUGCGAGCAAGGGACCGGGUAUUUACGUUUCUGCCUCAACGCUUGGAAGUCUGGAGGCUUUGCUGAGCUUCUUGUCGGAUGAAAAGAUCAAGGUGCGCGAUUUUGGUAUCGGUACGAUAGGCAAAAAGGCAGUCCGAAGUGCUGCUCGUAUGGUCGACUCGCAUCCCGAUUCAGCCAUCAUCAUGGCAUUCGACGUUGAGAUCGAUCCAAUAGCAAAAGCGGAAGCCGCAUCUGCCGGAGUGACCAUAUUCUCAGAGGACGUCAUCUAUCAUCUGCUAGACAAGUUUAUGGCGUUCAAACGAGAGUUUGACGAGUCGAAACGACAAGCUGCGUUGCCGAAUGCCGUUUGGCCAGUGCGACUUCAUAUCUUGCAAGCCUUCACCCACAGAGAUCCUCUUGUUCUCGGCGUGGAGAUCAUCGAGGGUACAUUGAGAAAGGGAACACCUCUUGGUGUCGUCCGCGCCGGCAAGGAUGGUGGGGCCAGGGAGAUCAUCAGUCUAGGCAAAGUCGUAUCCAUCGAGGUCAAUCACAAGCCUGUGACCAACGAGUUUGUCAGACGUCAGCAUAUUGGGGCCGGAGCAGCAAUCAAGAUCGAGAAGGCUGUGCAUGAGAGCUCUAAACUGUAUGGAAGGCAUUUCACCGACAAGGACGAGGUCGUCUCCCUGAUUUCGCGAUCUAGUAUUGACACGCUGAAGGCCAACUUUAGGGAACAGGUGGACAAGGGUGAUUGGCUCAUCAUCAAGCAGAUGAAGACUGAGCAGGGCAUUCCAUGAUGAUCCUACGCAUGCAUGCAUGAUCGACC